AUGAUGUUAUCCAACAUGUUUUUGCCCACCCACAAAUACGUCCCAUUGAAUAAACGGUGCACAUGCGGCAGCGAGGACGAUGACGCAGAGAGCCUUCAGAUCUACUCGAAGGGUCACUACAAAACCACUAAAGCGAUACUCAAGAUCUGCAUUGCCACUCAUGUCAUGAUGAUUGCUGUCGGAGCAGUCCUAUGGGUCGCCUGGCACCGGCAGCCCCUGAAUCAACGCCUGAAGGACGUGUCUUUCUACUCCCCUUUGUUGGAUCGAAUUGAGAUCCCGCUAACGGUGCGGUUCGACGAACCGCAAGUAAUCUCCGGCGGCAGCGGCGACAUGACUUGGGGAUCUUAUCCGAACACCGAGAUCGAUGAGAUGUGGGAGGGUCUCGCGUCCGAGGCUACUAUUCCAGUGACAGAGGCAGAGAUCAUUGCUCUCAGGAAAGACCCUUCUGUAGCCGUGAUGCUGCCGGAGGAGUACCACCUCGGAAACGAGAAGACCUAUCUGGCGCACGCUCUCAUUUUCCACAGGCUUCACUGUCUCGACUACAUUCGAAAGGCAGUUUACAAGGAGUACUAUUACAAAAACGGCACAGAAAGCGUUCCGAUGCAUGCAGAGCAUAUCGCACACUGUCUGGCCAUGAUCCUAGACCAUCUGACCUGCGCUGGAGACCCUGGUGUCUAUGUAUAUCAGUGGUAUGAACACACAGAAAUCCCUUUGCCUGACGCCAACACUUGGGGCAAGUGCUGGGACUUCGAGUCGUUUCGGCAGAAGUUCGACAAUAUUGCUCUGAAGAAAGUGAAUCCCUUUAGCAUGUCCAAGCCGCUUGGUGCUAAGACUGUGAAGGAGCACAACAAUUUGCAGGAGAUCAUUUAUCGCACCCGAAACAGUCCGUCCAAACACAACAUAUAG